GGUGCCCCAAAUUGGGGUGUCCCAAAGCCACCCUGGAGACCUGUGUCCCCAAAAUCGGGGUGUCCCCAAAUCUCUGGGUGUUUGGGUGCCCCAAAUCGGGGUGUCCCCAAUUUCCUGGGUGUCUGGGUGCCCAAAUUGAGGUGUUCCAAAGCCACCUGGGACACUUGGGUGCCCCAAAUCAGGGUGUCCCCAAAUCUCUGGGUGUCUAGGUCCCCCAAAUCGGGGUCUUCCCAAAUCCCUGGGUGUCCAUGUCCCCAAAUCAUGCCACCCCCAAGCCCCCCUCCCCCCACGUGUCCCCCCGAGACCCUCCCCCCGUGCCCUCCGAGGACACCGGUGUCCCCGCCGCAGCCCCCCACAGGCACUGGCUGGCGGGGGCGUACCCCCAGUUCGCCGUCCCCUACUUUGUGUACGAUGUCUACGCCAUGUUCCUGUGCCACUGGCACCGCGGGCACGUCAAGGGACACGAGGCCGGGCCACCGCCAUCCCUGCGAGCGGCUGCCGGCGCCUACCUGCACAAGGACCUCCUGAUGGUGCUCCACCACGCUGCCACGGUGCUUGUCUGCUUCCCAGUGGCCACCCUGUGGCGCCAGGGGAAGGGCGACUUCUUCCUGGGUUGCCUGCUGAUGGCAGAGCUCAGCACCCCCUUCGUCUGCCUGGGCAAGGUCCUCAUCCUGUACAAGCGGCAGCACACGGCCCUGCACAAGCUCAACGGGGUGGCCAUGCUGGUGACCUUCCUGGGCUGCCGCGUGCUGCUCUUCCCCUACCUGUACUGGGCCUACGGGCGCCACCUCGGGGUGCCCCUGCUGCGGGUGCCGGGGGCGCUGCCCGCCGCCUACAACGCUGCCACCCUCCUGGCCCCCCAGCUCUACUGGUUCGGCCUCAUCUGCCGGGGGGCCUGGCGCCUCUUCCAGCCCCCGCCCCGGCACCCGCCCUGAGCCCCGCCGCCGCUGCGGGGUGGGCAUCCCAUGGGGUGGGGUGGGGUGGGGUGGGGGGGGCACCCUGAGGUCCUUCAAGGGGGGGUUGGGGGGGGGUUUAGGGGGCGGCUUGGGGUGGUUGUGGGGGUGGGGGGACUUCUGGGGGCGCACUGAGGUCCAUAAAGGGGGUUCUAGGGUCUUCAGGGCACACCCCGAGGUCCUUAAGGGGGUCCCAAGGGGGUCCUGGGGUCCUUAUGGAGCACCCUAAGGUCCAUAUGGGGGUCCCAAGAGGGUCCUGGGGUCUUCAGGGAGCACCUUGAGGUCCAUAACGGGGUCCCAAGGGGAUCCUGGGGUCUUUAGGUGGCACCCUAAGGUCCUUAAGGGGGUCUUGGGGUCUUCAGGGGGCACCCUAAGGUCCAUAUAGGGGGUCCUGAGGUCUUCAGGGAGCACCUUGAGGUCCUUUUGGGGUCCCAAUGGGAUCCUGGGGUUUUUAGGGGGCACCUUGAGAUCCUUAACAGGGUCCCAAGAGGGUCCUGGGGUCUUCAGGGGACACCCUGAGGUCUUUAUGGGGUCCUAAGGGGGUCCUAGGGUCCUUAGGGGCACCCUUAGGUCCUUAUGGGGAGUCCUGGGGUCUUUAGGAGGCACCUUGGGACCUUAUGGGGGUCCCAAGGGGAUUCUGGGGUUUUCAGGGGGCACCUGGGGUCCUUAUAGGGCACCCUGAUAUCCUUAGGGGGGUCCUGGGGUCUUCAGGGAGCACCCCGAGGUCCUUGUGGGGGUCCCAAGGGGGUCCUGGGGUCUCCAGAGGUCCUUAUGGGGCACCCUGAGGUCCAUAUGGGGAGUCCUGGGGUCUCCAGGGGGCACCCUAAGGUCCAUACUGGGGUCCCAAGGGGGUCCCGGGGUCUUCAGGGAGCACCCUUAGGUCCUUAUGGGGGCCCCAAGGGGAUUCUCGGGUCUUUAGGGAGCACCUUGAGGUCCUUAUGGGGGGUGCUGGGGUCUUCAGGAGGCACCCUGAGGUCCUUAAUGGGGUCUCAAGGGGGUCUUGGGGUCUCCAGGGGGCACCCUAAGGUCCAUAUGGGAUAUCCUGGGGUCUUCAAGGAGCAUCUUGAGGUCCUUUUGGGGUCCCAAUGGGAUUCUGGUGUCUUCAGGGCGCACCCUGAGGUCCUUAUGGGGGUCCCAAGGGGGUCCUGGGGUCUCCAGGGGGCACCUGGGGUCCUUAUAGGGCACCCUGAUGUCCACAUGGGGGUCCCGGGGUCUUUAGGAGGCACCCUGAGGUCCUUAUGGGGGUCCCAAGGGAGUUCUGUGGUCUUCAGGGGGUCCUUGGGGUCCUUGUGAGGGUCCCAAGGGAAUCUGGGGACUUCAAGGAGCACCUUGAGGUCCUUUGGGGGGUCCCAAGGGGGUCCUGGGGUCCUCAGGGGCACCCUGUAGUCCCUCUGGGGGUUUCAGGGGGGUCCCCCCCACCCAUGGGUGCCCACAGGGUGCCCCUGCGCUGUCCCAGCUGCUGCAUUAAAGGACUUUGGGGAC